AUGUCCAGCUUACAUGACCUUCUCAACAGACAGCGACCCGGACCAUGGCAACAGUUCCGAGCUCAGCCAUGCAUCUUUCUCGCACGACAGCUAUACUAUACAGUCUAUACUUGGCAGCAAUAUAUCCCAUCUGCAUCAGUCAAAAACCCAGUUUCUGUCGUCUUCAUCUCUGAUACGCACAACAGUCAAGUCCUAAUCCCUGAUGGAGAUAUUCUCAUCCAUGGUGGUGACCUGACACAAUCUGGAUCCUUUGAAGAACUCCGGGAAGCAAUCACCUGGCUAGGUGCGCAGCCUCACCAUACAAAAAUCGUUAUUGCCGGUAAUCACGACAUAUUACUUGACUCUGCACGGGGCGGAUCCUCCGACCGGGCAGCAUCUGAGCGAGCAAAACUUGACUGGGGUGAUAUCAUUUAUCUAGAAAAUGAGCAAACCAUAAUUUCAUGUCCAAAUGGUCGCCGCCUUGCUGUCUAUGGAAGUCCUUUCUCAGUACGGCAUGGUAACUGGGCCUUUCAAUACCCACAAAACGAAGAUGCACUAUGGAGGGUUCGACCAAGGUUGCAUGUCUUCGGGCAUAUACAUGAGGGGGCAGGCGCUGAAUCUUUGUCCUUUGAUAAGCUCCAGUCUGCAUAUGAGCGCACCCUUGCGGCUGGAGGGGGUAUUGGGAAUCUGUUUUGGACAGCGUGGGAAUUCAUGAUGGCACAUUUCUCUCCGGUAGUGGAACCUGCGAGUCUACUUGUGAAUCCAUCAAUUGAUGGUGGCCUGCGAGAUAAUGAGCGCAGGCAACCCAUCAAAGUCUACAUCUAG